CGUAUCCCUUGCAGAAUCCUACACUACACUACUCUGGGCCACCACAUCCUUCUCCACAUCUCCUCGACAUCCACAGACCAUGGCGUGGCAAGCCCCCGAGGGCGAGAACGCCUACGACAUUGUCGUCGUCGGCGCUGGUAUCGCCGGCAUCAAUUUCGGUUACCGUCUGCAGGAGCGUCUGCCCAACCUCACAUAUACCAUCCUGGAGGGGCGGCAUGAGCUCGGCGGAACCUGGAGUCUGUUCAAGUACCCCGGCAUCCGCUCCGACUCGGACCUCUUCACAUUCGGCUUCCCAUGGCGCCCAUGGCACGAGGACUCCUCCAUCGCCCACGGUGGAAGCAUCCACAAGUACAUGAAGGAGUCGGCCGCCGAGUAUGGCAUUGACAAGAAAAUCCAAUACAACACCAUGGUCGAAAACGCCGACUACUCCUCCGAGUCCAACUCGUGGACCCUCCAGACCAAGGUCAACGGCGAGAAGAACAAGACAUUCAAGGCGCGAUGGAUCAUGAUGUGCACGGGAUACUACGACUACCACAACCCCAUGCAAGUCGACAUCCCCGGCAUCAACAACUUCAAGGGUCAAGUCAUCCACCCCCAAUUCUGGCCCGAAGACCUCGACUACGCCGACAAGGAAGUCGUCAUCAUCGGCUCCGGCGCCACCGCCGUCACCGUCCUCCCCGUCAUGGCGGAAAAGGCCAAGCACGUCACCAUGCUGCAGCGCUCUCCCACCUACAUCCUCGCCGCCCCGACCGAGGACAAACUCGAAAAAUUCAUCCGUCGCUGGUUCUCCUGGGCACCCAACUUCCAAGACCGCGUCUUCCGCCUCAAAUGGAUCCUCGCUCCCAUGCUCAUGACCACCUUCUCCGCCUGGUUCCCCGAACGCGCCAAGGCGAUGAUGCUCAAACUCACCAAAGCCCAGCUCCCCGCCAGCGUGCCCCUCGACCCCCACUUCACCCCCUCCUACUAUCCCUGGGAACAACGCCUGUGUGUCUGCCCCAACGGCGACUUUUACAAAUCCCUCCGCCAAGGCAAAUCCUCCGUCGCCACCGGCCACAUUGAAAACAUCGACGAGAAAACCAUCCACCUCAAAAACGGCCAGGAACUCUCCCCGGACAUCAUCAUCACCGCGACGGGGUUGAAACUCAAAUUCGGCGGCGGCAUGAAAGUGACGGUCAACGGGAAACCCUUCCACAUCCCCGACAAGUUCACCUGGAAGGGCGUCAUGAUCGAGGACCUCCCCAACGCGGCGUUCGUCGUGGGGUACGUCGACGCGAGCUGGACUUUGGGCGCCGACGCCACGGCGCAGAUGAUGACGCGUAUGAUCACGAGGAUGAAGAAGGAGGGUGUGGUCGAGGUCACUCCUCAUCAAUCCGCCAAGGAGAAGAAGGAGAUGAAGGAGUCGAGUCUGCUGCGUCUCAAUUCGACAUAUGUCAAGAAGGGGAUGAGCGAGCUGCCGAAGAGUGGUGAUCGUGGCCAGUGGACGCCGAGAUCAUACUACUUCAAGGAUAUCAUAAUGGCGUGGUUUGGCGACAUUAAGACGGGUACGGAGUGGGUGAGGGGUGUUUAA